GAGAGAGUGUGUCUGUGUGAGGUAACGAUGGUGUCGCUGAAACUUCAGAAGCGGCUCGCCUCUAGCGUCCUCAAGUGUGGUCGUGGCAAGGUUUGGCUUGACCCUAAUGAGGUCAAUGAAAUUUCCAUGGCCAAUUCUCGCCAAAACAUCAGAAAGUUGGUUAAGGAUGGAUUUAUCAUCAGGAAGCCAACUAAGAUUCACUCCCGCUCUCGUGCUAGGCGUAUGAAGGAGGCCAAGAGGAAGGGACGUCAUUCUGGAUAUGGUAAGCGCAAGGGAACAAGAGAGGCAAGACUUCCCACCAAAAUCCUUUGGAUGAGGAGGAUGCGUGUCCUUAGGAGGUUGCUCCGCAAGUACAGAGAAGCAAAGAAGAUUGACAAACAUAUGUACCAUGAUAUGUACAUGAAGGUUAAGGGUAAUGUCUUCAAGAACAAGAGAGUCCUAAUGGAGAGUAUUCACAAGUCUAAGGCUGAGAAGGCAAGAGAGAAGACAUUAUCUGAUCAGUUUGAAGCCAAGAGGGCAAAGAAUAAGGCUAGCAGGGAAAGGAAAUUUGCCAGGAGAGAAGAACGCUUUGCUCAAGGUCCCGGUGAGAAGCCUGCCCCAGCUCCAGCUGUAGCUGCAACCCAACCAGCCCAAGCACCAAAGAAGUCCAAGAAGUAAAUCAUUUAUUCAGAGGUCUGAGUAUUUCAUUUUAGAGUGUUAGUUUUAUUUGAGUUGUAUAAGUACCCUUUGUAUUUGGAUUAUUUUUUGUUUCCAUUUUUGGUAUGGAGAUGAAUUUUGUCAAGAAAUACUACUGUUAUUUUAUGAUCCAGUUAUGAAGUUCGUUUUCUCCAUUCUAUUCUUA